AUGCCAGCGGAGGAUAAAAAUAUAAUCCAAUUCAAGAAUUGGCAGAAUCAGCUUGAAUGCCCAUUCAUAAUUUAUGCCGAUGUCGAAGCGCUAUUAAAAGUACCUGAUGUGCCAGUUUUCAAAGGCAAAAAGCGAGAAAUUGCGGCUUAUCAGGAGCAUGAAGUUUACAGUGUCGGGUAUUAUUUUAAAUGUUCUUUUGACGAGUCGAAAUCAUUUUAUGCGAGUAAACGUGGUCCUGACUGUAUCGAUUGGUUUGUAGAUCAGAUGAAAACUGCUGCUGAAUUUGCUGCCCAACAUCUCAAUAAUAUAAUUCCGUUGAAUAUGACUGCUGAACAGGAGCAACGUUUUCAAAAUACGCACAUUUGUCACAUUUGUGAAAAACAAUUUGAUUCCGAUUCCAUUAAAGUAAGGGAUCAUUCCCAUUUGACGGGUGAAUUUCGCGGUGCCGCACAUCAAGAUUGUAAUUUGAAUUACGUGGAAAAUCGUGCUAUUCCGGUAGUUUUUCACAAUUUGACUGGCUAUGAUUCGCAUUUUCUGCUGCGCAAACUAGCCAACGGUUUCGCGGGUGACAUGCAGAUUAUCCCAAUCAACACGGAAAGGUACAUAUCUUUUUCAAAAACCGUUGAGGGGACGGCCCAGCCAUUCAAAGAGGACAUCAAACUGAGGUUCAUCGAUUCAUUUCGAUUCAUGGCUGAUUCACUGGAUACUCUUUCAUCCUUGAUUCCAUCAGAGAAAAAGCGUAUUCUGAGGACCGAAUGUAAGCACUUGAGUGAAGAGCAGCUGAAAUUAUUGGAGAGAAAGGGCAUUUUUUGCUAUGAUUACAUUGACAGCUGGGAAAAACUAAAUGACACAUCGCUGCCAUCCAAAGAGGCUUUCCAUAGUACAUUGACUAACAGCUCGAUUACUGAUAAAGAUUACGAUUUCGCGAAAGAGGUGUGGGAUAAAUUUAAUAUAAAAGACUUAGGUGAAUAUUCCGACCUCUACUUAAAGACUGACGUGCUUUUAUUGGCAGAUGUGUUUGAAAAUUUCCGUAAAACAUGCCAAAAUAUUUAUAAAUUAGAUCCAGCGAACUACUAUACAGCUCCCGGACUUUCUUUCGAUGCCAUGCUACGAUAUACAAAUGUUCAACUUGAGCUCUUUACGGAUGUCGACAUGCUCAUGUUCGUUGAACGUGGAAUUCGCGGAGGCAUAAGCCAAUGCAGUACGCGAUACAUUCAAGCUAAUAAUAAAUUCAUGGAUAAUUAUAAUCCAAAUAAAGAAACCAGCUAUAUCAUGUACCUCGACGCCAAUAACUUAUAUGGCCAUUCGAUGAUGCAGCAUUUACCACAUAAUAAUUUUCAAUGGUCUGAUGUUAAAUUUGAUCGAGAGACAAUUCUGAAUCUUAAAGAUGAUGCUGAUAUUGGCUAUGUUUUCGAAGUAGAUCUCGAUUAUCCGAAAGAGUUGCAUGAUUUACAUAAUGAUUACCCGUUUUGCGCUCAAAAUAUGCACGUUCCAGGCAAAAAAGGUGUAAAGAAAUUGCUUUUGACUCUUUAUGAUAAAAAAAAUUAUGUGAUCCACUACAGAAUGCUGAAAUUGGCUCUUCAGCAUGGGUUAGUUUUGAGGAAAGUACAUCGUGUCCUGCAGUUCAACCAAACAGCCUGGCUCAAGCCUUACAUUCAGCUGAACACGGAAAUGAGAACGCGAGCUACUAAUGAUUUUGAAAAGAAUUUCUUCAAACUUCUCUGCAAUGCUAUUUUUGGGAAAACGAUGGAAAAUCUGCGAUCUCGCGUUGAUAUCAAACUGAAGUCGCAGUGGGGUGGAAGAUCUGGAGCACGUAUGCUCAUAGCGAAACCGAAUUUCAAGCGACGCACAAUUUUUGAUGAAGACUUGGUUGCCAUCGAGUUGAAAAAAACAAGUUUGCUCAUGAAUAAACCGAUUGUGGUGGGGCUCGCGAUAUUGGAUAUAUCCAAAGUCGUUAUGUAUGACUUUCACUAUAACUUUAUGAAGUCCAAAUAUGGUGAUAAAGUCCAACUUGCGUACACCGACACUGACAGUUUUAUCUAUAAAAUAAGCUGCGAAAACUUCUAUGAUGAUAUGAAACAGCAUUUAGAGAAAUUCGACACCAGCGACUACAAAGAGGAUAAUCCAUACAACAUGCCCCGCGUGAACAAGAAGGUGCCUGGUCUGUUUAAGGACGAGUUGAAUGGUGAAAUUAUAACCAAAAAAAUAGAAUUCAUUUCGCACUAA